AUGUUUCUCUUCGAUUCUUCUUCCUCUUCUUCUUUCUCUUCUUCUUCCUUCACUUCUUCCUCUUUUUCUUAUUUUUCGAUGCAUACAAACAUUUUCUUUGUGUCUCGAUUUAUACAUAAAUUUCAUGUAAACUAUCUAUCUAUCUAUCUAUCUAUCUAUCUAUCUAUCUAUCUAUCUAUCUAUCUAUCAUUUGUUCAUAUCUAUCAUUUGUUCAUAUGUAUCUAUUCAUGUUUCUAUCUAUUAUUUGUUCAUAUCUAUCUAUUCAUUCAUGUUUCUAUCUAUCUAUCUAUCUAUCUAUCUAUCUAUCUAUCUAUCUAUCUAACUAUACACCUUUUAUUUUAUCUCUUUCAUUAUCUAUCACAUCAAUUGAUUUUUUGUUCUUUCUUUCUUUUUUUUCUAUUUUAUCUCUCUCUCUCUCUCUCUCUCUCUCUCUCUCUCUCAGUGGCAGUAUUUUUUCUUUCUUUAUUUAAUUUCUUAAUUAUCUACCACAUCAUUUUACUACUACACUUUUCUUUAUUUCUCUCACCCUUUCUUUCUUUCUUUCUUUCAACACACUUUCUAUCUUAUCUAUCUCGUUCACCUUCUUGCUUUUUUCUUUCAAUAUAUCCCACUUUCUACCUUAUCACCACGUUAAUUUAG